AGUCAUUAUUUCAUAUCAAUUUGAUAUUUCUUUAAAACGAAGAUUCGACGUUUCUAGUUAUUUGUUAAAUAUAAUCAGUUAGUGCCCGACGUUAACUCCCGCUCAGACAUAUCUUUAGUAAUAAAUUUAAGUGUUAUCACACAAAAUGUUAAUUCCAAGAGUGAAUUUGUUUAAAAAAGUUUGGAAACUGCAGAGCUUCAGAUGUUUGUCUACAAAAGCCCAGGAAGUCGACAGUGUGGGUCCUAUAGUAUUCCAGAAACUUGGCGGAGAAGAUAAAGGCAUUGCAAUAUACGGUAUAAACAGUCCCGAAAAUAAAAACGCUCUCAGUUUUGACCUUAUUAAAUGUAUGAAAGAAAUCAAUCAAAUUAUAAAAGAAGAUAUGAAGAUUUCUGUUGUCAUAUUACACAGUUUGGUUCCUGGGAUAUUUUGUGCAGGUGCAAAUCUAAAAGAAAGGUUUCAGAUGAAUGAAGAAGAAGUGGCUGUGUUUGUUAGAGGAUUAAGAAAUACCUUUAUUGAAAUAGAGGAUCUCCCAAUGCCAACAAUAGCUGCCAUAGAUGGUGUAGCUGUUGGUGGGGGUCUCGAACUGGCUCUGGCAUGUGAUAUUAGGGUUGCAGCAGAUACUGCUAAGUUGGGACUUGUAGAGACUGGACGUGGGCUCAUCCCUGGGGCUGGAGGCACCCAGAGACUGCCUAGGGCUAUUCAUCCUAACAUUGCAAAGGAACUAAUAUUCACCUCAAGAAUUGUUAAAGGAUUGGAAGCCAAAGACUUGGGUAUAGUUAACCAUGUGGUGCCACAGAAUAGCAGUAAAAAUGCUGCUUAUGACAAAGCAAUCAGCAUCGCAAGAGAGAUCAUAUUGAAUGCUCCCAUCGCACUGAGGUGCGCCAAACAAGCGAUCAAUGAAGGAGUCCAGCUCAGCAUCAAGGAUGGGUACGAAGUGGAACAGAAAUAUUAUGAAAAGAAUAUUCCCACCAAGGACAGGCAGGAAGGAAUGCUGUCCUUCAUGGAGAAGAGGAAACCUCAGUACAGGGGACACUGAAACAAUUAACAGUGAAGAAAUAAUUACAGACAUUUUUAUUUGUUAUAAAUAUAAAGUCAAAAUGUUUUUGGUCGGCGGAGUACAGAAUUUGAUAUAGCUAUAAUAUGAUUGUGGUACGCGAGAUAUUGUCCGCUGUUACAUAAUUGUAGUGUUGUUAAUUCUUUGUAAGAUUAUUAUCAUGUGUUCACAGUAAAUGAAAAUAUAUGACAUCAUGUGUCCGAAGCACCUGUGAUAAGAACAAUGUUUAAGAGUAAUAUUUUUAUACUACUGUUAUUUUAUUAUACAUUUACACCAGAA